CGUCUCCCAACCGAACAAAGCGCCAACGUAUGUGCUCCAACAGAACACGAUACGCCAUUCCGAUAUAGAACUAAUUCAAUGGACCAACAUAAUGGAGCCUUCCUUCAAGAGACAAAGGAUAUCGGAGACGCGAGGACUGCAGCGACACAGCCCGGGUUAUGAUGGCCUUAGCAGAUCCUACGACCCCGCCACCUUGCGACAACCUCUCAAUCCGAGCAAUGGCGCGACUUACAACCGCAAUAAUGACUCCACCAAGUUAUACGGGGCAGUUAAUGCGCGACAAGGCCCUGCCAACUUUGGAGACGAUCAGUUUGACGACGACGAAGAGUCUGGAGAGGAAUACUACGAAGAGGAAGCGCCAGAAGCCGACCUACAAGCGACGAGGCAGAAGCUCGAUAACAAGCUGAAAUCGACAUUCGAGGCCAUAUUUGAGAAGUACGGCAAGGAUUUUACUGGAGUCGGAGACGAAAUCGAUUUGCGCACUGGCGAGAUCAUAGUGGAUAACGGGCAUGUCGCGGAAAUGCAUGCUGAGACUGAUGCUGGUGAAGUCAGGGGGAGGGGGAUGUUGAGGGCAUUCACUGAGGAGCCUGAGCACGCACGGCUCCCGCAGGAGGAUGUAGAGGAUUCUAACGCUACGGAUGAGGGCGACGAAGAUACAGACACGGACUAUCAUGUGCGCGGAAGACAAAUGCUGCGAGCUUUCACCCAGGAACCAGAGUUUGGACAAGAAGCUGGCACGGAAGAGGACGAGAACGAGUAUGAUGGGGAUACGAGCAAGCUGAUUCCUAUUGAUGAAGAUGAGAGCGAUGAUGAUGAUAUACUAUACCAAAACAGUGGCGUUAUCCCUGCGAAGUCGAUGGCACCGCCUCCCAGGCCACCCCUUCACAAGCCAUCUCAACAGAAACCACAGUCUAGGUUCCACACGCCGAAACCCCUUCCAAGACAACGACUAUGGAGCACUGGCGCCGCCGACACAUUAGAACCAGACAUCGUUUCGCAGUUUGGCCAGGAGCUUGGCCCGCGAAUCGUCGAAUACGUGUCGAGGCAAAAAUCUGUCGACGAAGGAAGCAUUGAUCCGAAAUGGCGCACCCCAGCCCUACCAGCAGCAACGGCAGGAAAAAGGCCAAUUCUCAAAUCCAUGAUCCUGCAACCAGACACCGAACGCUCGCCCUCGCCAAAUGAAGACUCGCUGUGGGCUCCCGAGAAGAAGCGACGGCGUAGAAGGCGCAAGGCUGAGAUGAUAAAUAAGGAGCCAGCUGGGGAAAGCGAGACGGUUGUGCGAGAUAGAACGGUUAUUUCGAAGGAGAAGAUUACGAGAUCGAGUGUGUCUGCACAAGCAGCUCUCCCACCAAAGAGUGCCCAGGUUGAUGCGCCACAGAACCCACAGCAGGAUUUGGUAUCUGAGAGUGAAGGCCAGAAUGCAGAUGAUCACCCGUUCAUCGACAAUGAGCCUGGUAACUCUGGUGAUGCUAGAGAUUCUGAGGUCGGAAUUUCUCGUUAUUCUAUACUAGUAAAACGGAAGAACAAAAGGCCCGGAUUAAGUGAAAUGGUUCUCCCGAGGAACAAGUACACAAAGGAAGAAGACGAACAGAUUGUGGAAUGGUGCAAGAAGGUCCACACCGAGACGGAGUAUCCUCUCUGGGCCGAAGAGCACUGGGAGUUGCUCAGCAAAAAGAACCCCAGACAUAGUGGCACGGCUUACAGGCAGCGUUACCGCAGGUUGUAUGACCGAAAUGGGGGCCAGCACCCAUUUCUUGAGCCGGGGAUGGCUGGCCAAGACGCGCCGAAAGAUUCGACCGUAGAGUCAGAUCCUCCAACAGACAGUGGCGCAACCAUUCGCGCGCUUAGAUUGGACCGAACUACUGGGGGUCCGCCAUUCAGUGAGCAUAACUUUGCUAAAACUAUGUGGGCGUUCCAGAACAGAUCCGGUCCUCUGAAGAAACAGUCUAAACCUCUGGGAGAUGGGAGUUCUGUCGAAGGUACGCCGAAAUCGAAAGAAGCUGCCCUAAAGUCCCGUUCUGGUACAGCGGCACGCUUUGCGCCAUUCAAAGAAAUUCUCCAUAAGCUAUACGUAGUAGACGGAUACCCCCUAGCCAAAGUGAUGGGUAUUAUGGAACUUCAACACAAGUUCACAGAGAAUAAUUGGCAGUAUAGGCACCAAUUUAGGAUCUGGAGGUUCAAAAAGAUCGGGCAUUGGUGGCAAGAGCCAGAGUAUGCGGGGAUGACGUACUGGGAAGCAUGUAAGAAGCUGCAAGGAAAAGAGCGAAAGAAAAACAGCCAAUUGAGAACGGUGGAAGAGCAAGGAGUUUCAUUACCAACGCCAGACCCCGACCAGAUCAAUAAGAUCGAGGCACGGAGCAUAGAGUGGAGGGAGAGGCGAAUAAAGCAUCUAGAGACGACGGGUCAAUUGCUAGAGCUGGAUCAUGAUGAGACCGAACAAAGUCAGGAUGGAAUGGGCAACGACCAAGGUAAUGAUGACAGUGAUCCUCUUUUUGAGCGAGAGGAUGAUGACCAAAGUAACAAUGGCACUGGUCCCCUUUCCGAGGCAGGGGAUGACGAAAGUAACAAUGUCACUGGUCCUCUUUCUGAGGCAGGGGAUUCCUUCGACUUCUCAAAACUUCUCCAGGGUGCAUCGGAUUAUAUCUCGCCGAACUCGACAACAACCGUGGAGGGAGAAGACCAAAUGGUUGAGCUUCCCGAGAAUAGAAGCGAACAGAACCACAACCCGGAAAUUAUCCACGCUGGUCGAUUUCUCCGCUCGAGGGUAAUCCCAAAUUCUCAGUCGUCUCAAGAUCUGAUGUCACCAAGUACGAGCCAGGCGAAGCAGGAUCAAGUUAUGGAGCCAAUGGUACCGUUGAGUCCUGAUGCUCUUGAUCCUUCUUAUAUGUUCUCCGACGAAGAGGAUGAAGCUGCGCCUGUAGUUCCACGGACCGACGCGCCGAAUCCCCAGGCCUCUUCUGCGACAGCCGAGUCUCCCCAGCCUCAACCCCUGAGCGACCAGGCACCUUUGAUAACACCACCAUCACAAGAGCCGGAUGUCCCACCUCAAGACGCUCCCGCAAAGACAUCACCUGCCGAACAGCUCGAUGCUGUCACGACUUCUGUGGAAAUUAAAGACGAACCAGAGAUUGGCUGUGGCUUAGGUGAUAUCUACUCUCUCCCACGCAGCCCACCACGCCUUCCUACACCACCACAACCAGCUACAUCCGGCAGCGGCCUUCGCGUCGUAAUCACACAACCCGACAGCUCCUCACCUCUCACUUCCCCAGCCGCUCGCACCCCUACCCCGCCAAACACCCUCACUAUCUCCUCCGCCUCAAAAGCUACCCCGAAACGGAGCGUAGUGCAUGAAUCAACGCCGCGACGCAGCCAGGCGUCUUUGCUAAGGUUAUCAGUUACGCCCACUUCCCAACGGAAUCGGAUGGAGAGAUCCACGAGUAGACCCCGCUUCGUGUCUCGGUCGGGGAAAGGAUCGGUGCGCUCGCGAGGGUCUAUGACGCCGCUUUCAAGGCUGGCAGUGCGGUCACCUUUGCGGCUUGAUGAUGAUGAGGGUGAGGAUGAAGACGGGGUUGAGGAUGUUACCCACAUUUUGUCUCGGCGCAGUAGGGGAUUAGGGGAUGGGAUGUCAAAUCUUUCGACUCCUAAGGUUGAUGGCGCGGGUACGUCAGUGAUGGGGACACCGUCCCGGCGAGGCAGAGUAGGAGGGAGUAAUGAAGUGAAGAGUGAGGAUGGAGACCUGAUGCAGACGCCAGGUGGGGCGUGGAGGAGGUGCGGGGAGAGCGGAUAUAAAUGUGGGAGGGGGUUUUGUUUUCGGUGCUCUGUUGAUGGGGAGGGCGAGGUUGGCGUGUGAGUGUCUUCUGGCUAAGAGUAGGUGGAAGUUGUUGUGUAGUAGUGCCCCCUGUCACAUAGGAUACGGAGGUUGAAUUUAGUAAGCUGGCCUAUUAAUGCUUAUGUUCACAACCGCCCUCUAGAGCGGUUGUCUAAGGGUUUUACUCAAAAAUAGUAAAAAUAAUUAUUCUAGUAAGCUUAUAUCCUG